AUGCCAAAUGGCGCACGAUCGGCGCAGAUCACCACUUCACCAAUCGAAGCUGGGAGUACGGGCAAUGUGUGCGCGCGGUCGUGGAUGGUGCAGCAGCGAGCAGCAUUGUCAUCUUAUGUCAUGCCAUGCCGCGUUUGGUUUCCAUCCAACCCAUUCGUUGGUUUCCGCCCGCGCAGCGCCGCCCUCAAACCCACUUCCCCACCGAAUGUCGCGCCCGGAAUUCCCCCUCCCGCGCCGUCCAUCCCAUUCCAUCCCAUCCCAUCACAUUUGUGUGUUGCUGCUGGUCCCUUCAUCAGCCCAAACAUUUUCAAGGCCAUCCAUCGUUACCGGAAUCUCCGUUCCUCCAGCCCGGCAUCUCCUGCAAUCAUGUUGCCGUCCGUAGCCGUCGCGUUGAUGCUGCUCGCCGCGUCGAUUCCGGCGUCGGACGCGAAGGUGCGGUCCGGUUGCAUCCGGAACUACCAAUGCCCGCGUCGCGGUAGCAAUCAGUGCGGCCUCUACUACGUCUGUUCCAACUCUGCGAAUCCCAAGCCGCCCUACACCCUCCAGACCUGCGACACAUGCGCGUUUCGGGACAACGUUAAUGCCUACGCCCAAGUGUGCAACUACGAGACCGGCCGAUGCAACGUUAACAAAAUUGAUGGCAAGCCUUGUGCGACAGAUAAACAAUGCGGUCCUUCGGGACAGUUCAAGUGCUUGGUGAACAAGAACAGCAAAGCCAAGCCGCAGGCCAAGCGCUGCUGCAG